AUGACGAAAUUCGCAGAGAACGGCCUCGUGGCAAAGGGCCAUGCAGAGGGUAAGCACGCUCAUUUCGACCAAGACCAAUUGCCGGUGCAGCAUGACGAUCGGGAUCGCGCAUCAAGCGCCAGCGAUGAGGAUUCGAGACCACUUGAAGUCUCGUUCGAUCCGACAAACCCGUACCGGAGGAAGAGUUCCCUGGUCCCCAGCGACGCCAUCAUGCCUCAGAUAGAUAAACAGUCCAAAAAGACGCAGUGCUUGGUCCACCACUACCUUGAGAACCACAGGCAACCAAGCUCUCAUGAUAACAUCACUGUCGAGAGGGGUUUCGACCGCAUAGUUGAACCCAAAGGCGCCACUCGAGAACAAAGGAGGUUAUCUAAAACAGAGCCGGACAGUUCCGAAAGUACAGAUGCUGGCCAAAUCGACGAGAAGUCGUGGAAGACCUCAAUCAACAAGUCGCAAUCAGAACUCGACCUUCGCAGUGAAGAACAUGGCGAGUUGCACAGCAGGCUGCUUACAAAAAAGCAAUUGAGUGACAUGGCGUGGGGCGUUCGCGAGCUGAGUAGGAGAUUGGGUAGUGUUCGUCUCAGAUUCAAAGCGAAAUCGAUUUUCAUUCUUACCAAGGUCUACGACGCCGAUCUCAUCCCGAAGACUCGAGAGGUGACCAAGUGGCUUUUGAGUCCUGAGCGGGACGUUAGAUACACUGUCUAUCUUGAGGACAGCAUCAAAGAAAAUAAGAAAUUCAACAUGCCCGGCCUGCUGGAAGAACUGAGAAAGGAGUACAUUGACGCCGAGGAAAUGGAACCAGAUGCCCCCAAGAACGCACUGGAUAAGCGGUUACGGUACUGGAAUGUGCAGAUGUGCAGGUCGAGACCUCACACGUUUGACUUCGUCGUUAGUCUGGGUGGCGAUGGCACUGUUCUGUAUGCCAGUUGGCUUUUCCAGCGAAUCGUACCACCGGUCCUCAGUUUUGCACUCGGAAGUCUGGGCUUCAUGACGAAAUUCGACUUUGGUCAGCACCAGGAUAUCUUGACCAAGGCCUUCCGGGAUGGAGUUACGGUGAGCCUACGUUUGCGCUUCGAGUGUACUGUCAUGAGAAGCCAGAAGCGCAAGAAGACUAUCAAGAACGAUGCCGGACAGGCAGAGAACGAGGACGAAGAUGAAGAUGAAGCCCAUAGCAGGCGAGAUCUGGUCGAAGAACUCAUCGGAGAGGAGAAAGACGACGAUCACACUCACCGGCCUGAUGGAACCUACGAGAUCCUCAACGAGCUUGUUGUAGAUCGUGGACCGAACCCCACCAUGUCUUUUACGGAGAUUUUUGGAGAUGACGAGCAUUUCACCUCGGUCAUGGCUGAUGGUCUAUGUGUUUCCACGCCGACAGGCUCAACAGCGUACAACUUGGCAGCAGGUGGAUCUUUGUGUCAUCCGGAGAACCCAGUCAUGCUGGUUACUUCAAUAUGCGCACACACUCUUUCAUUCCGUCCCAUUAUCCUACCUGAUACAAUUGUUUUGCGAGUUGGUGUGCCAUACAGUGUUCGGAACAGCUCAUGGGCAAGUUUCGAUGGACGCGAGCGUGUCGAGCUGUACCCUGGAGAUUAUGUUACAGUCAGUGCCAGCAGAUUUCCGUUCGCGUCUGUGAUGCCAGAAGGGCGUCGCAGUGAGGACUGGAUUAACAGCAUCAGCGGCAAGCUAGGGUGGAAUACUCGUCAAAAACAGAAGAACGAGAACUAUAAGCCGUGGAAUUAG